CGUGUCCGAGAGAGAGAGAGAGAGAGAGAGAGAGAGAGAGGGGAAUAAUAUAAAUCGAAAACCAAAAAACCAGAAAAACCAUUACACACCUCUACUGUCCCUUACAUUACGGCCUAUCUCCCUCCCUCCCUCCCUCCCAUCCCAGCCAGAAACCGCACGCGCACGCGUCCAACACCACCAAAAACAACAACAACAACAAAACGCAAAUCUCCGAUCUCUCAAACAGUUUGCCACUAAUGACCACCCUGUCGUCCGGUGGUCCUACCGUUAACUCCACCAAUGCCAGCCCAAGGAACCACUCGGGUCCCACUACAACUAGACGACGAGUUGAUGUCGCCCCCUUCGACAGAACCUCUAACUUCUCUGAUUAUAAUCACGAGUUCUCUGACGAAGAAGACAAUCUUAACGGCUCUUCCACUUCUGGGGGGGCCCACCUUUAUUAUCAUUAUCAUAAUCAUAGCCACCACCACCCCGUUAUAAAGUAUCUUCUGCUUCGCAGGAAGUUGUUCUUUUUCGUGCCGGAGGCGUGUUUGCUUGGGGUGGAGGACUUGACGGCUACGAUUUCACAUGGUUUGAGAUCCGGCAAGAACAUGGGUCGUAAGAUAUUCGGUGUUUUAUUGUUAAUGGCGGUCUUGUCGGUUUUUCUGAAGGUUUUGUUUUGGAGUCGAAUGGAGGAAAAUAGUCUUGAAAAUAGUAAUUUAGUUCUUUUCAGACAUUUUAAGGAUGAUUGGGCGAGGGCUCAACGUUCCAUCAUCGACCGCCACCCUUCCAUUUCCACACCCCUGUUCGACAAGCUUCCUCCUCAGACUCCCAAAAUUUGGAUGAAACCCAAUAGCGACAACUUUUACAAGUGCAUAGCUCCGGCAAGAAGUCAAACAAGACCCAGGAAAACAAAUGGUUACCUUCUUGUUCAUGCGAAUGGUGGAUUGAAUCAAAUGAGAACAGGGAUUUGUGAUAUGGUUGCUGCUGCAAAGUUAAUGAAUGCAACUCUUGUUCUUCCUUCUCUUGAUCGUGAAUCGUUUUGGACGGAUCCAAGCACAUUUAAAGACAUUUUUGACUGGAGGCACUUUAUGGAAGCAUUAAAAGGCGAUAUUGAUAUAGUUGAGUAUUUGCCACCCCGUUAUGCAGGCAAGAAGCCCCUUGAAAGGGCACCUGUUUCAUGGUCAAAGGCUAAAUACUACAGAGAGGAGAUGGCUGCUUUGUUGAAGAAGUAUAAAGUUAUAAGGUUUACCCACAGUGAUUCACGGCUGGCUAAUAAUGGCCUUGCAGCUCACAUCCAGAGGCUAAGAUGCCGUGCCAAUUAUGAAGCACUCCGGUAUUCAAAGGAGAUUGUGGAUCUUGGGAAGAAAUUGGUUGAUAGACUAAGAAAUAACAACGAGCCAUAUGUUGCUUUGCAUUUAAGAUAUGAGAAAGACAUGCUUGCAUUCACCGGCUGCAGCCACAACCUUACCGUGGAAGAGGCUGAUGAGCUAAGGGAUAUGAGGCAUAAAACUCCGCAUUGGAAGGAGAAGGAGAUUGAUAGUGAAGCACGACGGCUCCAAGGUGGAUGCCCGAUGACUCCCAGAGAAGCAGCUAUCUUUCUCAAGGCAAUGGGCUAUCCAUCCUCUACAACUAUCUAUAUAGUUGCAGGGCCGAUAUAUGGAAGUGAUAGCAUGGCACCCUUCCUCGCAGAGUUCCCAAAUGUGUUCUCUCAUUCUAAUCUAGCAACUGCAGAAGAAUUAGAACCUUUCAAGCCGUAUCAAAAUCGUCUUGCUGCCUUGGAUUACAUUGUGGCUCUUGAAAGUGAUGUCUUUAUAUAUACUUAUGAUGGAAAUAUGGCCAAAGCUGUGCAGGGGCAUAGGAGGUUCGAAGGAUUUCGAAAAACUAUAAAUCCAGACAAACGAAAUUUUGUUGCGCUGAUGGAUCAGUUGGACGAGGGUACCUUAUCCUGGGAAGAAUUCUCCUCACAGGUUCAAAGCCUACAUUCAGACAGGAUUGGAGCACCGUACCGGCGGCAGGCUGGCUCAUUUCCUAAGGAGGAAGAGAACUUUUAUGCAAAUCCUCUUCCCGGAUGUGUUUGCAACAGCUCCCAGGAUAAAUUUGUGAGCCCUAAACUUGUCCAUAAAGUAAAACUAAAGAACAGGGCUGCAUUGAAUAGACAGGGGUUAAGCUUGAAUUUGUAGCUCGUGCAGUGGGACUAUUUGAUAUUCAUCAUUACUUGAAACGUGGCAGCGUGGGUGUCUGCAUGGAGCCGGUUUUGCCCAGAGAGGGGAUUGCAGGAGCUGCCGGCAGGGUCAAGAAGUCUUCAGGUUUUUCUUUUUCAUUAGACAGAGGAUCGAACGAGCAAUUAAGGGAAGCAGAGAGAGUCGGGCAUAAUUCUUAGGUGAAUCAUCGCAGUUACACCCACAUGUGCAGAGAGAUAAUUUUGUCAGUUACAGAUUAUAUAUAUAUUUUUUUCAUUUAUUGAUUAUUUCAUCCCUUUAUACAAAAUUAGAUUUUGAUUCAUCCUUCUUGGCGAUCAAAUUCAGUUGUCAAAUCAGGCAUCGUUGUAAAUUGGAUGUGAUAAAUAUUACUCAUGAAAUAAAAUUAUUCGGAAUGUUCAUAGCAA